AUGCAUGUCAACGCAAUGGCAAUACCAAUCAACCCAAUGCGCUCAACCAUCCUCCGCGCCGUUCAGCGCACAAGCGCGUUGUUCACUCUCACCACGCCGCGCAUUUCAUUCUCACCCUCAUCAACACUUAUUAUUAACAUUACCAAAAAUAACAAUGUCACCGCCCACUGGACAACCAUCAGGUCCCUCAGCACCACACCCCAGUAUUUCAAACAAAAGAAACAAAAACUAGCCCACAACAACGAACCCAUCCCGGACUCCCCUCCCACCACCGACUUCAGCGAGAUGGACAUGCUCGGCCAGACGCCCAUCCCGUCCACGGCCAUAGACGAGUGUUUCCACGAUGGCUUUGCGCUGAAUAGCGGGGUGCAAAUCUCGGGCGGGAGCGGGGUAUUGUUAGUGGGUGGUGAAGCUUUUGAGUGGAGGCCUUGGUUGGUGGUUUCUGGCCAGGCUGAGGUUGGAGAUGAGGCUGGAGGUGAACAGAAGGGGAAAGAGAUGAAGAGGAAAUUGAUCAACGAAAAAGGACAGUGGGUGUUGGAGAGGGAAGAGCAGUGGGGGUUUUUGGGAAGGUUGUGGCCUCGGCCUGACCUCCUAAUCCUAGGCGUCGGCCCCUCCCUCCGUCCCAUCUCCCCUGCUACCAGGGCCCUGAUCAACAGCAUGGGCAUCCGCGUCGAGGUUCUGGAUACGAGAAAUGCUGCGUCGCAGUAUAAUCUGCUGGCGACGGAGAGAGGAGUGGAUCAGGUUGCUGCUGCGCUGGUGCCGCUUGGUUGGAGGGAGUAG